GCGAGAAAAUAAAUACACCCGACUUUUAUUCGGAAUUAUGCGUGAAAACACUACAUUUGACAUAGAGGGCGGAUAUAGUCAAGAAGAACCUUAAAAGCAAAAAUAUCCUGCGACAAUCUUUUUUAAAGUUAUUUUUUUAGGUACCGUUGGAAAAAAACCUUUUCUUUGUACCUCUUUGUUUGGCAAGACAAUGAUGGUGUUGGGAACUGAUUUCGCAAAGAAUUUGGACAAGUUUUUUUCAUUCGUUUCCUUUUUUUUUUUUUACUUGUUUUCAUUGUUGUCGUUAUUUAUCUUUUGUUUAUGUUUAUGUUCUUCCCAUGUCAUUUAACGUCCGGUGCCCAUUGGCAUCUGCGCUUCCGGUUGCUUUCAUUUGCAUAUUAAGUCAAUGCAGUCCAUUACAUUAUGACUAGGGGCGCUGAGCGAGGAAUAGUUCCCUGAGAGCCACAGAAAGUCUGAUUUUGUCGGGAAACCUAAUCUUUGAGAGUCUAACUCCGAAGGAUACUGAGACCAGAGCGGAAGAUUGUUCCCGUGAAGCGCUUUUGAAAAAUCAUACCACUGUCUUGCCGACGGCCAUUUUAAAAAGCGCAAAUUGGAAACGUUUUCUGUUUUCCUCGAGAACAGGUGACAAAUUUUCAGUCAGUAAUUGUUGUCUUUGAGAUCAGCACUACACGAAAAUGUCUUCGACCAGAGACUAUACCCGCGCUGAAAUCAGCGAUACAACAACGAAUGUGCCUUUGCUAAGCGAAGAUUCUUGGGAAGAUGGACCCAGCGAUCCAGCUUUGCUCAUUAAGGACACAGUCGAAGAUCAUCCUUCGGUUCGUUUCUCCGUCUCCUCGGCGGGAAAUGGCUCAAGUUUUAAUUCACCCUGUAAGCUCACAAAGAACACAGUUCUUGUAGCGAUUAUUGCGGUGCUCAUCGUGAUUUGCAUUGUGCUAUCUGCGUUGCUGUCGAGAUAUGCAGGAAAAUCAGGAACAAUUGAACAAGGGAAAAGGAAACCCUUACACCAGAAUACUGUGUGUGUUACACAGGGCUGCAUAGACGCAGCGCAUCAUAUGUUUCACGCACUAAACCGAUCUGUUCAUCCAUGCGACGAUUUUUACGAAUAUGCCUGCGGAGGUUGGUUGCAGAAUCAUCCGAUUCCUGAAAGCAAAUCGUUCUGGGGGAUUUAUUCAGCUUUACAGGAAGACAAUGAACGGCUUUUACGCCAAUUGUUGGCUGCUCCCACGAGGUCACCAACCAUAAAGAAGGCCAAGACUUUCUACAAUUCUUGUAUGAAUUUGACAAACAUCAACAAAAUGGGGGCAAAGCCGCUACGCGACAUAAUUGAGGAUCUUGGUGGAUGGAGUAUAACGUCGCCAGAUCGGAACAAAACAAAAUUCGACUUUGGCAAAACCCUACGAUUGGUGCAUAAAAAGUAUUCAGGUUCCGCGUUUUUCGCCGUUGACGUUGAUGCAGAUGAUAAAAAUUCAUCAAAAAAUAUAAUCAAGGUUGAUCAAGCUGGACUGACAUUAUCUCGAACAUAUUACCUUAACAACAUGACUGAUCCUAAACUGGUAGCUUACUUGAACUAUAUGACCACUAUUGGCGUUUUGCUGGGAGGAAAGGAGAAUGAAACAAGAAAACAAAUGCGAGAGGUCUUAGAGUUUGAAAUUAAAUUGGCAAAGAUUUUUGUGCCUCAUGAAAACAGAAGCCAGAUUGAUGAGAUUUACAACAAAACAAACAUUAAGAACCUCACAGAGCUCUGUCCACAGAUUGGCUGGCUUGCCUUCUUAAAGAAUCAUUUUAAAAACAUCGCUGACAUUAAAGAUGAAGAAGAGGUUGUGGUGUAUGCAACAAGAUAUCUUGCUGCCUUGUCACCAGUGAUAAAGAAUGCAUCAGAAAGGUUGUUGAACAAUUACUUGGUGUGGCACGUUGUUGACCCAUUGGCACCUUUACUAUCAGAGAAAUUCCGUGAUGCUCAUGAAGAUCUGAUCAAAGUUUUAACGGGUUCCACAAGAUCAGAAGACUUGUGGAAGAAGUGCAUGGGGAGCACUGGUGGAGCUAUUGGAAUGGCUGUGGGAAAGCUAUUUGUAGAGAAGGUCUUUGAUGGAACUAGCAAACAACAGGCCACUCAGAUGGUCGAUGCUGUACGUGAUGCAUUUAAAAGAGGUCUACCAGAUCUGGAGUGGAUGGAUGAAAAGACACGCAAGGCAGCUGAAGACAAGGCGGAUGCAGUGGUAGACAUGAUUGGAUUUCCAGACUACAUCAAGGAUCCACAAAAACUUGAAGAGAAGUACAAGGGGGUGAGUAGCUAGGAGCAGUUGAGUACGACUUCAUAGAUGCCAACCUGUGCAGAUUUAAAGUCUGGAGAUUUUUCUCCCAUGCCACCACAGCAUCAACUCAGCAGCAACCCCCACCGCUAACUAAAAAAAAUUGAUGCUCCCCCCAGAUUAAAUCAAUUUCCCUUCCCAAAAAAUGAAGAAACUGCUUUUGUUUACAAUUAUUUAUGUCAAGAUGUGGUUGCAUAAAAAAAAUGCUUUGAGAAAUAGCAAGAUGAGUUUGUAAAUUUAAACCAAAAUCAUUUUGAUUUGAGUAAAUCUUGGGGUGCAGAGCUUUU